CGGCCAUUGCUAGUGGCCGCCAUGUUUUUCACCAAGUGGGGUGUUUAGAAGGCCGGGGUGAAAAAAUCAUCUCUCAGGAUAUGCAGCGUCAAAAUGGGAAGGAGAUAUAAUUUUUCCUUCACUAAGACAUGCCAUCCUAUCAAAGACAACGGAACCUCCACCCAGGUACCACAAACGGAACUACAGUAACUUGAUAAAUAAAACAAAACAAAACAAAACAUCAACAUCUAAGAACUAAUUUAAAUAAAAUAAACUAAAGAAAUAAAACAAAUUUAAAUCUCCAACUGAAUCUAUAUAUUUAAUUUAAAAAAAUUCAAGAAUCAGGAAAAAUAAAUUAAAAAGCUCCAUCAUUAAUCAUCAAGAUUGAACAGCAAAACGUGAUUUAAAUAAAAGUGAUAAAAAAUAAAAUAAACAAAAGUUUAAGGUAAUUACGGGGUGGUGGUUUACCUUUGUCACAAUUGAGGACGGACAAUAAAUUUAAUUCAAAAACUAAUAGAGAGAUGAUCACCCCGGAGGCAGUGGAGUUAUCAAAAUUAAAAGGUUCAUGGUGUAGAUUGGUGCUCAGGGAAUGAGGAAUCCGGGCCUACGUUUAGUCGGGCUUACGACGUCACCAAGUGGUGGCGGCGUAUUUGGCACACGGGCCGAGGAGGAGUUGCGACAUUGGCUUGAAUCACGCUUGGAUGCAUUGGGUAUAGACCCGGUUGCGUACUCGCGUUUUGUACUUAGCCUUCUACGUCGUCCCCCCGACUCGGCCCUGAGUCCUCUCGACGAAGACAUUGACUUUGCUGUCGUAAAUAAUCGUGCUACUGCUGGCGGAGGAAGUAGUACUGGAGCACGUCGACAUUUAAAUUAUCGUGUCAGACCAAGGGCCCGGAUAUCUGGUGAUCGUGAUCAGCGACGUGCUGUUGUUCAAUGUCUUACAAAUGCUGCUGAUCAGAAAUGUGGAGUCGAACCAUUGGUUGAUGAAUUGUGUGCAAAAUUACGCAAUCUCGAAGGUAGCAGUGGGUCUACAAAUGAUACUAGUGACACUGAAAAAGAAGAAAGUAAAAGAAAAAAUCUAGAAAGUGUUAAUAAUAUUAAAUUUGAGACCUUAACACCUCGUGAUAAAGCGUUAAGAUAUUACGCAGCUUUUCCAGCCUUACAGCCUGCCACCCCAAAGAAAAAUAAUAAUAAUAAUAAUAAUAGUAGUAAUAAUAAUAAUAAUAAUAAUAAUAAUAAUAAUAAUAAUAAUAAUAAUAAUAAUAACAAUAUUAAUAACAAUAAUAAUAAAAAUAACAAUAAUAAUCACAAGAAAGAUAAAACCUACAGUGCCACCAAUACGAUUAAUAAUUUGAAUAAAAAAAAUUUCAAUAAUAAAAAUAAAAAGAACGAAAAAAAAAGAAAACCUAAAAUGUCCAUUAGAACAAUUGAUCGUAAAGAAGAUAAAGAAACAUUUAGAUUCGCAAAAUCAAUGGAGCGUGAACGUGACAAGGAACGUGAAUUAGAAAUGGAUAAAAUAAAAUUGGCACAGCUGCAAGCUAAAUUUGAUGAAAGUCUUGAGGCACUUUGGGAUAGUGGACCGGGUAAUGCUGGUGAUACUGCGUCAAUAUGGGCAGCUCCAUCAUUAUCAAUACCAUCGGGUCCAUUGUGGCCCGUUGAUCCAACAGAAUUAUUGAUAUUACCCAUUAUUAAUGAUGACGAUGAUGACGAUGAUAAUGGCAUUGCUGAUCAUGAUGAUAACAAUAGUAUCAUGAGUUGCAAAAAAGUAAUAAAUAGUUAUAAUAAUACAUCAUAUUAUUAUGACAAUAAUUAUCAUCACCAUAAUAAUGAUGAUGAUGGUACUAUUGUUGAUGAAACUAUUAUUCCAUGGGACAUUGGUAUUAUUGGUGUUAGUAAAUUUAUUGAUGAUUCUAAAGAUAAAAUUGAUUAUAAUUUAAAUUGGUCUGAUUAUGGGGGCGAUGGACCAUGGAAUUGGAAAGAUCUUGGCAAUAAUUUGAUAACAAUUGAUAAUCCCAAAAUAAAUUCAUUCUAUUCAUCUCCGCACGAUGAUAUUAAUUUAAUAAUAAAACAACAACGACAACAACAACAGAACUAUCAACAAUAUGAUUACAAAGAAAAAUUAAAUAAUUUAAAAAAUGAAAUUGAUGUCGAUGUUAAAAUUAAUAAUGACGCUAAUAAUGUUGUCGGUGUUGUUAAUAAUGAUGCUGGUGGUCAUAAGAUUGAGGAUGUUAAAAUAAAUAAUGAGCAAGAACAAAAACAAAAAGUUGACAAUGAAAAUAAAGUUAUUCAAGUUAUUGGAAAUAAAGAACAAUUAGGAAUUGAUAUUAAAAAUAAAGAUGAUGCUGGUAAAAUAGACAAAGUUAAAGAAGAAAAAAAAGAAGAGCAAGAAGAAGAAGAAGAAGAUUUAUUGACAUCAGCGCGUACUCAUUUUCGUCCAAUAAAAGACGAUGGUAAUUGGGCUGAUGGUACAACAUUUCCUGUCAAUAAUAAUUAUGAAUUAGUUAAUUAUCGUCGUUCAUCAUCUGGUAAUAUAUUAUAUCUACCAAAUGAUGAUAAUCCAUACAUGGAAUAUCAUGAAACAAUAAUAACACCAUCAGUAUCAUCAUCAGGAGCAACUCGUACCACUGAUGGAGAUCAAGAAACAGCAGUUAAAAAUUUUACAUUAAAAUUUCGUGUUAAACAGUGUGAUAAAUCAAUACAAACCGAUCCCAUUAGAUCACCAGUUAAACGUCGGAUUAUUGCUGAGACUAAUCAUCAUUUUUAUUAUACUAAAUUGAUACAUGAUCACGACGACGACGACGACGAUGAUGAUGAUGAUGAUGAUGAUGAUGAUGAUGAUGACGAUGAAGAGGAUGAUGAUAAUAAUACUGAUAAUAAUGAUGAUGAUAAUGAUAAUAUAUUAACAAAAGAAUCUUAUGAUACUGAGAAAGAUUCUUUUAUGUUAGACCGGAAGCAUUGGAUUCAACCAAGUUUAUCAAUUCUUAACGAUAGAAAACGGAGACACAGCAGUAGUUUCAAUUGUCGUCCAUUGGCAGCUUUACGCCCAUUGACACUUUAAAAAAAAUAAAAUCAUCAGCAAAUGGAUUAAACCAUCAGCUUCUUCAAAUCACGUGGAGGAUAAUUAUAUUUGAACCCAAAUAUUAAUUAACAUAAAUAAAAAAGAAAGAAUUAAUCAAUACUUUAAACAACAGCAUAAAGAUAAGUACCGCAAAAGUCUACAUAAAUAUUAUUUAUCAAUACAAUGUAGUAUGAUCAAUCGAUUUAGUGAUCAUCUAAUGAUCAACCGAUCGGAGUAGUUAAUUAAUAAUUUAAAAAAAAUAAAUAAAUAAUAAAAUAAAAGCAUAGUAAGGGAGUCCUCUUGGCAUGUGGAAUUUGUUAUGCAUGAAAGGAGGCACAGCUAGCUCCCUUGCAUAAUUAUUUAAAUUAACUAAAUUUAUUUAAAACAAAGAAAAAUUUUUUAAAAAAUACAACUGUCUCUGAUAAUUAAUUAAUUAAAUAUCGUGUAAAAAAAUCAAUUAAUUAAUUAAUGAAAAUAAAAAAAAAGCUUUAAACGUCGUAGUGAUAGAGAAAAAAUUGAAUUAAUUAAUUACAAAUAACGUAAUUGUUAGAUUAAAAAUUAUUUAUUAAUAAAUUAUUUGAGAGAGCUUGUAAUAAUUAACUGAAUAAUUUGUUUUUUAUUAAUUAAUUAAUUGAUAAUUGUUUAAUUGAUUAUUUAUUUAAAAGGCGGGAAAAUCAAAUAUUUGAAAAUACCUUUUGAAUAAAAUAACGAGACAGUAAAAAAAAGUAAUAGACGGAAAGAAAGUUAUUAAUAUUAUUCCGAUUAUUAAUUAUUAUUAUUAUUAAUUUAAUUAUUAUUAGUGAGCCCUUAAAUAAAAAAAAAAAAUUUUUAAACAACGAUGUGCGUUAAUAACAAGAAAAUACAAAAAAAAUAAAAAAAAAAACAAAAUAAUGAAAAAAUAAAAAAAAAUAACAUAUUGAAUAAUAAACAAAGAAAUAUAUAUGCAACCUCACCUCAAUAUUUUUUUCGUCGGAAAUAAUAAAACAUAGUUGAAUAAUAUAUUAAAUAUAUAAAUAAUGAGGUGACUAUUUGAGAUGUGGAUUUUUUUUUCGAGUGUUUAUGUUAUCCUGUCUAGUUAAUUUUUUUUUUAAGUUUCAAUAUUAAUCAAUAAAUAAUUAACUUUCUAUGAUAAAUAUUAAUUUUUAAAAUAUCAAUAAGUCAAUUUUAAAUUAUUCUGUUGAGUUUUAUUUUUUAACAAUAAUGCUGAUUAAAAAAAUGAAUUAAAUUAUAAUUAACGAGAUAAAUUAUCAAAAUAUUUAAUUUCGUCGAAAUUUUUUAAUUUAUGAUUAAAAUUUUUUUAAAAUUAUUAACUUUCUGUUGUUAAUUAAAUUAAUAGAAUUCUAG